AUGUGGCCUCGAUAUCGCCACGCCGCCUCCUCGCUAGGUGUGGCCGCCGUGCUGCUAGAAGCAGCGAAGGGCCAGGCGACACAGAGGAAGACUCUGCAAGAUGACCCGGUCUUCCAGCGAAAGGCGUAUCAGAACAAUAUCGAGGAAGAUGCGGAGUGCAACCGAAGCCCCGAGUGGGGACCCUUUCGAGUUCAGCUGCUGGAGACUGAAGAGGACAUGCGUGUCGAACUGGCUUACGAGAGGAUGAUGGAGUGGGGGUUGGAAAAUGUCACCAAAGUCGAUGAGCAGUCAAAGAUCUGUUUGCUCGGGCUGGUGUGCAUGCAGUAUUACUUCGCCCACAUGCUCCUGCACGAAGUGGGCAGUGUGGAGGCAGCUGCGGAAGCUUUCCGGAUGAUGGAUGAGCAUUCAGGCGCCCUCCAUCCUGACCUCUUCGACAAGGCUGCCGGCUACGGAAAAACGUGGCCGGUCACCGCGGACAUGCUGGACAGCUUGAGGCGGGCGCUCCUCCGCGCUUCCGUAGGGGGCGGCCAUGGUGGCCCGGACCGUCGCCGGCGCUUCAAAAGUGCCUUCGGCCUUCACGACGAGGACUGGGCUAAGGUCUGGGGCGCCUGGCAACCAGGCGGCGCUGGGCCAGCGCCCGGCAGUCGGCUGGAGGAGCCUUUUGGUGCCGCCAUGCCGGGAGCUCCGCGACCGAGCUUCCGGGUCUAUGUCUAUGAUCCGGAUACACUGCCUGCCUUGAGGACUCUCACCAGAGGCGGCUCUUUCUGCAAGCACAACCAGUGGGGAAUGGAAGUUGCACUUCACGACUGGUUCCUGGCAUGCCCCUGCCGGACGGACAACCCCAAGGAGGCUGACUUCUUCUUCGUCCCGCACUACACUUCUUGCCUCAUCAACCACGCGGAUACCUUCGAAGGCUGCGACACCAAGCAGCUCUGCGGUCCCACCACGCAGCUCUUUGAAGAGGUGCUGAGCUCUUCGGGCUCCUACCUGCAGAUGGAGGGUGGACAGAACCACCUCUUCGUGUGGGGCUCGGGCAUGGGUGCCGAUGGGCCCUUCGCCACGUGGAGGAAGUGGGUGCCCAACGCCAUCUUCAUGAUGACGGAGACAGAGCUCUGGAACCCCUACAAGGACGUCGUGGAGCCGUCCUUCACGCGGUACAAAGACAUCCUCGUACCGGGCCGCCUUACUGUGGAUGAUAUGAUCUCCCUUGGGAAACUCGCCCGGCCCAUGGACGAGCGUGACAACUUGGGCCACUUCAUUGGCUGGCCAAGGCCUCCGCACCCUUCGGUGCUUCCUCCGGAGACCUGCAAAGACAGCAGCUGCUCUCUGAACGUCCGCUCCGUGCUCCUGGCACUGAAGGAGAAGGAGCCGUUGUUCCACGUGGAUGUCGAUGUGCCCUACGUGGAGUCCUUCAUGGGAUUGACGAGCUCCUUGUUCUGCUUUGUCCCCCGCGGCAAAAGCGCAUGGUCCUCGCGAUUCUUUCAGACCUUCUUUGCUGGAUGCAUCCCCGUCCUGCUGAACGAUCGUUACGACCCGCCGUUUGGCGAGUUUGUUGACCUCCCAUCUGCGGUCAUCAAGUGGCCCAUGACGCAGGUCCCAGCACUGGUGGACUAUCUGAAGCAGUUAGCCUUCGAGGAUGCCGAGAGGAUGAGCCAGCUCUUGGAGGCGGGAAAAGCCCUGAAAUGCUGGUACGCUUGGCCUCCAUCUUGGAUCGAGUGGUCCUGGCUGGAACUCAACAAGUCCAAGUUUAACGCGACUUGCGAGGAUUGGCACCUCCGGAAUGCGUACGUGGCUGUGACGCGCCUGCUGGCCACAAAAGUUGGUAGCGCCCGCAGCCGGUUUUAUUGGCCUGGGGCGACCGUCGAGGGACUCAAUGUCCCGUCAGCCCUGUGA